AUGAAAAAGAAGCAUCCUAAAACAAUUCGAAAUCUGUUCCGUUUAAAAUUUUGUUGUCUUCAAUUGGGCAUGAAUGUGAGACGAUUCAAAAUUAUUUCACAAUUUCUUUACUCAAGUUUUACUGUCUAUAUUGUGCUUCGACUGGGAUUUGUGGAUUAUAGUCUUGUACCGGAGAAUCGAAAGCUUGAGAACAUUCCACUUGAGUGCAAUUCUGUGAUAAACGGUACCGAAAACCGACGAAAAAUAUCCAGAGCGAGGCAAUGGGAUUGGCAUUUUGAUUGGGUUGAGCAUGAAAUAUUUAAUUCGAGAAAUGUUUGCUCCACAAUCGACAAGUACUUCAAUUUCACCCGGAUUCCAUCAUCCCGAGAAGAAGCUGAAUACCCUCUGGCAUAUGGUCUUGUAGUUUAUAAAACUAUUGUUCAAGUACUAACGCAAAUGUCUCUGUUCUAUCAACCACAACAUAUGUUCUGUAUUACUGUAGAUGAUCAGAGUCCGAAUGAAUACAAAUCUGUCAUACAAGCACUGCCGUCAUGCUUCCCGAAUAUGCAUGUCUUUAUCGGCGAACCAUCCCAAUGGGGAUCUUUUGGAAUUCUGAAAAACGUGUACACAUGCUUCAACUGGCUAUCCAAAUCAAAGCAAAAGUGGAAAUAUUAUCAAUAUCUAUCAGGAACUGAUCUUCCGAUUCGAACAAAUCUAGAAAUGGUUAGAAUAUUCAAAGCAUUAAAUGGUUCAAUGAAUACAGAUGUUAGCACUUUUGAAGUCGAUCGGUAUAAGAACAUGGAGGGUGUUCUUCCACCAAUGCCAGUGUACAAAUCGAGUAUGUCAGUUGUAGUUCCACGAGAAGGAGCUGACUAUUUGAUUUCCAGCCCACGAGUUCAGAAAUUGCUGAAAUAUUUGUCAAAAACAUGGAUUCCAGAUGAAUCAUUUUGGUCUACCGUACUGGGAUCCCCGGCUUUGCUCCCAGUCCCCGGAUCAAUUCGAGUUCGAGAUAUUCUAUGGUUACGUAAAAACUUCAAACUUCGGCCUCCAUAUGAGAACACAGUUAAUUCAAUUGGAACAUCCUAUAUUGGAAGAUAUCAAGUAUGGGGAUGGCAGAAGGAAUGUUUUGGAAAAGUCAAGGAUUUCUCGUGUGUAUUUGGUGUGGAGGAUAUUGAAGAAAUAAUGACAAGACCUGAACUAGUUGCUCAUAAACUUUAUCUCGAAUUUCAGCCGGCUGCUUUUAUGUGUAUGCUUAAAGAAGUCCGUCGUCGAAGUUUAAGCCCAGAUGCUCACCUGUUCAGCGCAAGGAGUUAUUCUCAAAUGCCGACUGUAGAAUUAUAUCAAGGGAAGGCAAUAACUCAGUUGACAAAUCCAAAUUGGCUAGUCAGAGACUCAUUCUACAAUCCACAGCAUGAAGACUUUGAUAAAGAAGUUUUAUAGAAAUUUUUAGUUGUUUUUAGAAGAAAAAAAGUUAGAUAAAACGAAAAAUACAGGUUU